UUGUUGGUCAAGGCAUUAUGGCGACGACUGGAAUGGACCUGAUGGUGGCGGCGUGGCGGGACAUGGCUGCCUCUGCAGACAAGCAAUAUCAAACUGAGAGCAUCGACGGUGUUCCUGGCGCAUUCCUUCUCAAGAAUGUCCUGUCUUUGGAUGAAUGUGCCCAACUUCGCGCAGCCGUGUCCUUGCUGCACGACGAAAAAGCUGCCAUUCUAGUCGACGACAAGAAACCUCGGCGGCCAUCUCAGCAUCAUAUUCCAACACAGGUCGAUCCAUCUGCUCUGGAGGAGAUCAUGCGUCGUCUGCGUCCACACAUGCCGUCUCACGCGGGUCCCACCAACCGCGCUCCGCUGGCCACAGCAUUUCUGUCACCGUUUCUGCGGUCGUACUACUACCACGAAACGGACUUCUCCAUGCCACAUUACGACAAGAGUUUUACGCACCACGAAGGAUUGCGCGGUCGCAUCUUGAACUUCUCCGCGUACUCGGUGCUGUUUUACCUCAAUGGCGGCUUUGAUGGGGGCCACACAUCGUUUUUCACGGACAAGUCUGCGACCACGAUUGCAGCCCAAGUCGGACCAUGUAUCGGCGAUGUCCUCGUGUUCCCGCACGGAAACUUUCCAGGGUGUUUUCCAAAUCCGUUUCACGAAGGCUCCACAGUCACGCGGGGCGAAAAGCUGUUGAUCCGCACCGACCUGGUCUUUGCCACGACCAAGCAACGGUCGAAAUUGGCGCCGAGCGACAUGACUGCUGCUCAAAGCAACCCAGCGCAACUGGCCCAGCUUGUUCAUGAAGGCCGCGUGAAGCGAUUAGGCCCCGGACUGGACGAAUGUCGCUGUGGAGAUCUGCUGGGGUUGCAAGCUCAAGUGGCUUCAGGUUGGGAUUGCCACACCAGUCGAGAUCGCCACGGGUCGUCUGGGCUGCUCUGGGCCGCUGGUGGUGGUCAUUUGGACGUGGUCAAGUAUUUGAUUGAGUCGUUGGGGAUGCGGCCUGUUCAGGAUAUCCAAGCCCAUCGGCGUGGCUACGACGGUCGUUCCGCACUGCAUUGGGCAGCUCGAAAUGGCCACAACGCAGUGGUCGAAUACCUUGUGGUUCACGGUGGGCAAUCGGUGGAUACGCCAGCCGUGGAUGGCACGACACCGUUUCAUUUGGCCGUGUGGCAAAACCAUCAACGCACGUGUGCGUUGCUCCUCCAAUUGGGGGCUGACCCUCACGUUGUCAACAGUCAUGGAUGCAAUGCAUGCAUGUGGGCUGCCCAGUCGAGUGUCGGCAAUGUGGCCAUGUUGGACUUCUUAUCCAAGUUGCUAGUUGAUGUCGAAAGGAUUAAUGCGAACGGACAAGGGUGUCUGCACAAAGCAGCCCAGCGAUGUAACUGGGACGUGUGUCAGUGGUUGUGCCAACGAUUGACUGCGCCAGCGCAUUUCGAGCCCAACAAGGAAGAGUUGAACGUCCCAUCUCGAUUGGCAGCGAUAUCAGGGGACGACAAAUUGGCGUCGUUUUUAGUUGCCCAGGAAACUGCCAGUUCGGAGCGAUGGGCUGCGUCAGCUUAGAUUUAACGCCAAAGGGAUCAGAAAAAGUAAUAAUGUCGACAGUAUUAACCAUG